AUGUGUCUUGAACCCAUAAAAAAUGAUCCUCGACUGCUUCGACAACGCUUUCAGGCUGUGCUUCAAUUAAAUGGUGAAAGUGAAUUACGAUCUAUACCCACGUAUCAAUAUACACAAGCCGGAGGGGAGGCUCAGGACAAAGGAGCAUGGGCUUGUAAAGCUACCGUGGAAUCCACGAAGCCUACCGGUGACGUCAUCAAAGGUCUCAAAGUGGUGUUGAAGGAUAACAUUGCUCUGGCAGGAGUGCCCUGCACCAACGGAACAAAAGCAAUUGACUGGAUACCGAAAGUUGAUGCCACGGUUGUAACAAGAUCUCUCGAUGCUGGAGGUAUUGUGCUCGGCAAAGCAGCAUGUGAGAACAUUGCGGAGGUUCUUCGAGUGGAAAUGGCAGACUUGUUACUCGAAGCGAUUGCCGGCACCGACGGCAUUGACGAUCGACAACCUUACAACCAUCCUGCUGGUACUAUCAAAUAUGCCGAUGAGGUUGCUAAACACAUGACUAUCGAGGAUCAACCUCUGAGAAGCAUCAAAAUUGGGGUUCUUGAGGAAGGCUUCCAAGACCCAAUGACAGAUCCCAAUGUAGCGAAAGCUUCCCACUCCGCAAUCGAGUCAUGCAAGACCCUAGGGGCAGAAGUCAAAUCUGUGCACGUUCCUCUCCACAAAGACUCCGGAGCUUUAUGGAUGAUAAUUUUUUCAAUGUCUGGUACACAACAAGGUCUUCUGAGUGCACCAACGGGACGGAGACAACUCCUCUUUCCUGAACGCCCUGAGCAGAUUGGCCCACAACUGAGUCAACAGGCUUUCGAUGCUUUGGGCCCCGGUGGACAGAAUAUCUAUCUCCGUGGUCUAUUCUUGAAAGAUAGAUAUGGUGCCAGAUUACACGCUCAUUGCACCAAUCUUUCUCGGAAGCUCACAGAUGCCUAUGACGCCGCAUUUCGAGAUGUCGACAUCCUAGUAAUGCCAACCGUCAUCUUUCCGCCAGUCAAACUAAGAACUCCUGAAACACCACUCACACCACUGAAGAUGUUGUCCAGGACUUCUGGGCUGACAUAUAAUACCGCUACCUUCAACUUGACCGGUCACCCUGCACUAAACCUGCCAGUGGGUUUCGUACCAGCGCAGGACGAUAAGUUAGUGAAGUUGCCGACGGGUUUGCAAAUAGUUGGGAGGAAGUUUGAGGAUUUACUUUGUUUGAAAGUUGCAGCGAGUUGGGAGAAAGCAAAUAAAUGGAAAGAGCUCUAA